UCGAAGAAAGGCUCCAAUCAUGGGCUUACACGGCCUACAAAGGCCAAGUGCUUGUCGCUACAGAUACAACAACGGGGGCCCGGGCUCCCAAAUUCUUCCAGACAAAUUUUUUCCCGUGCACACUUUUCUCCUCGUCGCCGGCGGCCACCAUGUCGAUCCCCGGCAACGGCCACCUUCCCGCCUCCGCCUCCCUCCCCGACCACUCCUCCGCCUCCGAUUCCGACGCCGAGCCGGAAGCCAACUACAGCCCCAUCGCCGGCGCCGCCUCCGACUCCGAUUCGGACACCGACCCGGACGCUGCCAUGCCCCACCACCGUCUCGACGAGACCGGCAACGGCAUCUCCGCCCUGGAUCUCGCCUCCGACGCGGACGAGGAGGCGGAUGGGGAGGAAGGGGAGCGGGAGGAGGAGGACGUGACUGCGGUGGAGGCGGCGGCGCGGGCGUUCUCGGAGGACGAGCGCCGUCGCCGCGCCCCGCUUCCCGAGGGCGCCGCGGCGCGGAUCGUGGACGCGAUGCGCGGCGUCGAGUUUCCCGGCACGCCGCCGGCGUGGGCGGGCAGCGUCCCCGAGGACCAGUGGGUCGACCGCCUCCGCUCCCUCCGCGCCGGCCGCCCUAACUGAUCUGAGCCAGCACAGAAGGGGCUUCUUUGGCUUCUGAGUUGAUACAACACCAUACAAAAUUUAUGCGAACUUUCGAUCUGGUUUGCGUUUCACGCGGACCAUUUAUCUCUUACUUUGCUUCUACUAGCUAUGUUGCUGUUGUAUUGUAAUCGUGACUGGAGUGCAAAUCUUUGGCGAUAAGAUUUGUGGUUAGUUGGAACUGCGAUCUUGGUGAGGCCUUUACAGUUCAGAGUUCAGACCACUCGUAUGCAAGUUUAGACAGUGUCUCUUUCUUACUGCUGAUUAGAAUUCGAAUGCAAAUCAUUGGAGUUAAGAUUUGGGUGUU